UGAAUAUUAUAUUAACCAAGAUGUCUGCGCCCAUCAAAUGCAUGACAGCAUUGCUUUCGUGAAAUUUUAAUGCUAUAUACUUUAAAAUGUCAACUAAGAAAAUUCGUGUGUUCACAACAGAUCUGGAUUUCUGUCCCGACUGUGGAUCAGUGUUACCUUUGCCGAAAUUGGAACAAUCCGUCGCAUGUAAAUCGUGCUCUUUCAAAAUUGAUGUUAAUGAAUUUGAUAAUGUGAAAACAUGUUCACGAAUCGUGUUCAACACACCUGAUAAGGCAGCAUUAAAGGCCCAGGAGGAGACUGGUGAACUAACUGGACCCACAGUUGACAGAAAAUGUCCUAAAUGCGAGCAUGAAGGAAUGGUGUAUACCACAAGACAGACAAGAUCAGCUGAUGAAGGCCAGACUGUCUUCUUUUCCUGUCCUAACUGCAGAUUUCAGGAGAUUGAAUAUUCCUGACAUCACAGGACUUCAAUAUACAGCUGGUGGUAUUAUCUUAUGACAAUGAAUAUGACUCUGCUGCUGAUGACUGAAUUCUCAAAGUGCCAACAGUGAAGAACUUGUUCACCUCGACCUGGAGUGGUAUCAUUAGAAAUGUUACCAUAUAUAUGGAGAAUUGUUUCUUUACCAAACUGUCUUUGUCAUUAUGAGAGAAAAUAUUUCUUUAUUAAUUCUAUAUAUGUCGCUGAGACUUCUGUGAUUAUAAAAAAUAUAAUCAUUCAACGCAAGUGAAAAGAAAUUGUUUGGCAGAUUAAAGUAGUAUGAAAGUU